GGCGGCGGGGACAGCAGCUACAGCGGCGGCCGCGGGGACAGCGCAGCAGCGGUGCUGUCAGGCCGUCGGAGACAUGGGAGACCCAGGGUCGGAGAUAAUAGAAUCUGUCCCUCCAGCUGGACCUGAGACAUCUGAGUGCACAGCGGAUGAAAAUGAAGAUGACAUUCAGUUUGUUAGUGAAGGACCAUUAAGACCUGUUCUUGAAUACAUUGACCUGGUCAGCAGUGAUGAUGAAGAGCCUAGCACCUCUCAUAGUGAUGGUAAUGUUAAGCGUAAAGACCAUAUUGACCAUCAGAAGGAUAAAGUUGCCUUAACUCUGGCUCGUCUAGCCCGCCAUGUUGAAGUGGAGAAACAGCAGAAAGAAGAGAAGAACAGAGCAUUCAGGGAAAAAGUUGAUUUUCAUCAUGCUCAUGGGUUACAAGAAUUGGAAUUUAUUCGAGGACAUUCUGAUACAGAAGCAGCAAGACUGUGUGUGGACCAGUGGCUAAAAAUGCCAGGACUCAAAACAGGCACAAUUAAUUCUGGAACAAAAAGUUCAUUCCGAAGAGGAGGCCAAAUGCGGGUGUCUGAGAAACCAAUUUCAUGUCCCAUAAUGCACUGUAACAAGGAAUUUGAUAAUGGACACCUUCUCUUAGGACAUUUAAAAAGGUUUGAUCAUUCUCCAUGUGAUCCAACAAUUACACUACAUGGACCUCUCAUCAAUUCCUUUGCUUGUAUAGUAUGUUAUAAAAAUUUUGUUACUCAACAACAAUAUAGGGAUCACCUUUUUUCUAAGGAAGCUGCAGAUGAUGGACAUAAAAACAAUCUUCUUCCUCAGAUUAUUCAGUGUUUUGCGUGUCCAAAUUGCUUCCUUCUUUUUAGCAGCAAGGAUGAGUGUUUGAAGCAUAUGUCUGGAAAGAAUCAUUUACAUCAGCGUUUUAAACUGGGUGAUGGCAAGGGAAUAGCAUGUCCAAUAUCAUUUCCAUCUUUUGCAAAGAAACUUUUGAUCUCUCUGUGUAAAGACGUUCCAUUUCAAGUUAAAUGUGUGGCCUGCCACCAGACACUGCGUUCCCACAAGGAGCUUACUGUCCAUUUCAGAGUUCGUUGUCGGAAUGCUGGUCCUGUAGCUGUAGCUGAGAAAAGCAUUGCCCAAGUUGCAGAGAAAUUCAUAUUAAGAGGUUAUUGUCCAAAUUGCAACCAAGUCUUUGUGGAUGAAACCAGUAUCCGAAACCAUAAGCAGAAUUUAGGACACAAAGUACGAAUCAUUAACUCAAUGGAAGAAUCUGUCUUACUUUAUUGCUGCAGCAGUGAAGGGAACAAACCUCCUUCUGACUUAAAUCUAUUGCUAGAUCAAUCAAAAUUUUCAUCACUUAAAAGAACUAUGUCUUUCCAAGAAUCUAGCUCACAAGAUUGCAGUACCAUUCCAAAAAAGAAGAUGAAUUUAGAAGAUAAAAGUCAUGGAGGUAUGAUUUGUGUCCAGAAAGAAAAGUCAAUUGUUAAAACCUGGUUUUGUGAAUGCCAUCAACGAUUCCCAAGUGAAGAUUUAGUAGAAAAGCAUGUUUUCUCAGCAAAUACAAUGUGUUAUAAGUGUGUGGUCUGUGGAAAGGUAUGUGAAGAUUCAGGUGUCAUCCGUUUACAUAUGAGCCGGAUUCAUGGAGGGGCUCAUUUAAAUAACUUUCUUUUCUGGUGUCGAACAUGCAAAAAGGAGUUAACCAGGAAAGAGACUAUCAUGGCACAUGUGACUGAAUUUCACAGUGGUCACAGAUAUUUUUAUGAGACGGAUGAGGUAGAAAGUGAAACUUUGCCAUCAUCCUCUACAACAUUGGGGAGUAAUUUGACUGCUGAGAAUCCUUCUUCAACUAUUACAAUUAUUGAUCAUUCUCCAUCUAACAGUCCUCCAAGGGGUAAAUGGCAAUGCCGAAUCUGUGAAGAUAUGUUUGAUUCCCAAGAAUGUGUAAAACAGCACUGCAUGUCUUUAGCAAGUCACCGAUUUCAUAGAUAUAGCUGUGCCCAUUGCAAAAAGACUUUUCACAAGAUAGAAACACUAUACCGACAUUGCCAAGAUGAGCAUGACAAUGACAUAAAGGUUAAGUACUUCUGUGGGCUUUGUGAUCUUACAUUUAAUGUGGAAGAAGCAUUUUUGAGUCAUUAUAAGGAGCACCACAGCAUAGAUUAUGUGUUUGUGUCAGAAAAAACUGAAGCUUCAAUUAAAACUGAGAAUGAUUUUCCGGUACCGGAGACCAGUAAUCUGUUAACCUGUGGUUGCCGUGAGAGUUACAUCUGUAAAGUCAACAGAAAGGACGAUUAUAGUAGAUGUCUCCAAAUGAUGCUGGAUAAAGGUAAAUUGUGGUUUCGCUGCAGUUUAUGUUCAGCAACAGCACAGAAUAUAGCCGACAUGAACACUCAUGUCCAUCAAGUGCACAGAGAAGAGAAGAGGGAGGAGGAGCAGCAGUAUGUCAUCAAGUGUGGCACCUGCACCAAAACAUUUCAUGAUCCUGAGAGUGCUCAGCAGCACUUCCAUACAAAACAUUGCUUCUUACAGAAACCCAGUGUGGCUCAUUUUGGAUUUGAAAAAACAAGCCCAUACAAGUUUGCUGCCAGUGCCUCACGUGCAGAGAGAAAACUGAAACAGACAGUAAGCUAUCCAAAAAAUUCAGACAUGGACAAAGGAGCCGAGAAUGAUCUCAGCUGUCAGAAUAUAGAUGAAGUUGUUGAGCUUCCAGAUUUGGAUUACCUGCGAACCAUGACUCAUAUAGUCUUUGUAGAUUUUGAUAACUGGUCCAACUUUUUUGGUCAUCUACCAGGGCAUCUUAACCAAGGAACAUUUAUUUGGGGCUUUCAAGGAGGAAACACCAAUUGGAAGCCUCCACUCAACUGUAAGAUCUAUAAUUACCUGAAUAGGAUCGGAUGCUUCUUCCUUCAUCCUCGUUGUAGCAAAAGAAAAGAUGCUGCUGAUUUUGCCAUAUGUAUGCAUGCUGGCCGUCUAGAUGAACAACUACCCAAGCAAAUUCCUUUCACCAUCCUCUCAGGAGAUCAAGGUUUUCUGGAGCUAGAGAAUCAAUUUAAGAAGACUCAGAGGCCAGCACAUAUACUAAACCCUCACCACUUAGAGGGUGAUAUGAUGUGUGCUUUGUUAAAUAGCAUAUCUGAUACCACCAAAGAAUGUGACAGUGAUGACAACCUGGGUAUAAAAAGUACUCCGACAGAAGAAGAAUUCAGAUCUACAGAAGAUGUAGAAUUAGAAGAAGCUAUUAGAAGAAGCCUUGAGGAAAUGUAAUUAAAGAUAUAACCACCCAGCAUCAAGUAGCCUUGAAGAUACUCAGGAUAAUGAAUUCUUGAAUUUGUUUUCUAAAGAAGGCCAGCAAUGUACUAACUAGUACAGAUGUAUUUGAAACCUGCCUUUUUUUUUUUCUUUCUUUCUCGUGUUCAGAAUUUUAUAUUUGCUUUGUAUUUUUGUGCUCUUUUACAAAAAUGUACAGAGGAAUAAAAUACAUGUUAAUGCAAAUAUAUAAAUCAUGUAUUCUAUUAGAGGUAUGAUGGUUUCCCAGUUAACUUGGAAUUCAUAUAUUUAGGUUAAAAGAAUUAAAAAAUAGAAAAGCUCUUGACUAUUGUUAUGUUUCCUAAGUAGCAUUAUUUCUUUAUUUGUACUAUACAGAUGGUUCUAGUUGUUUGUUCUUGGUUUUGUUUUUUUUAAGUAGUGAAAAUGAAUAUAAAUAAAGCUGUCAGAAUAGUUUUUCUGUAAAUUCUACUUCUCAUGUAGGGCUAAUAUAUGUAUAUAAUAACCUUUGAGGUCUUUAUGAUUAUUAGAAGAGAGUAAUGGAAACUCAUCAUGGAAUCAGUGUAAAAGUUUUACCAGCAAUGAAUGUUCUCCAUGGGUUUCACUCAGAUGUGUAUUCCUGCUUUAAUUAGAGCAGCGCAUUG